CGGGCAGAAUCAGCGCGAUGAAGAGCAGAACCGAGCCGGCACCAUGCGCAACAGGCUCCCGCGGACCGGCUGCCUACUGCGCCUCGUCGCACUCUGCAUCCUCCUGUCGCACGGCGCAGCUUACUUUGGACUGACAGGGCGGGAGCCCCUGGUCUUCCUGCCGGGCCCCUUCUCCAACGAGCCGGCGACGGGCAAGGCCCACCUGAAGCAGUGCGAGCAGAUGGUGCUGUCGCGGCGGCAGAAGAGGCUGUGCCGCCGCGAGCCCGGCCUGGCCGAGACGCUGCGCGAAUCCGUACGCAUCAGCCUACUCGAGUGUCGCUACCAGUUCCGUAACGAGCGCUGGAACUGCAGCCUGGACGGCCGGGGGAGCCUCCUGAAGAGAGCCUUCAAAGAGACGGCCUUCCUCCUGGCGGUGUCGUCGGCAGCGCUGACCCACGCCCUCGCCAAAGCGUGCAGCUCGGGUCGCAUGGAGCGCUGCACCUGCGACGACUCGCCUGGCAUCCAGCACCGGGAGGCGUGGCAGUGGGGCGUGUGCGGCGACAACCUCAAGUACAGCACCAAAUUCCUCAAGAGGUUCCUGAGCCAGAAGAGGGUCAGCAAGGAUCUGAGGGCUCAGGUGGAUGCCCACAAUGUCAAUGUGGGAAUUCGGGCGGUAAAGAGCGGCCUCAAGACCACCUGCAAGUGUCACGGGGUUUCCGGCUCUUGCGCGGUACGGACUUGCUGGAAGCAGCUGCCUCCGUUCCACGACACGGGCCGGCUGCUCAAGUACCGCUACGACACGGCCAUGCGGGUUCUCAGCGUCACCAACGUGGCCACCGGCGAGAGCGAGCUGGCGGGGCCGCGUCGCCACAGUCAGAGCCUGCGCACUGCCGAGCUGGUCUACCUGGAGGAGUCGCCCAGCUUUUGUCGGCCCUCGCGCUACUCGGCGGGCACGGGCGGACGAUCUUGCGCCAAGGACACGAGUUGCCAGAACCUUUGCUGCGGCCGCGGCUACAAUACGGCCGUGCGCCUCACCAGCCUUUCCUGCCACUGCCAGGUGCGCUGGUGUUGCCACGUGGAGUGCCAGACGUGUGUGCGCGAGGAGGAGGUGUACACUUGCAAGAGCAAUUAGGCCUUGAGACCCUGAGGAACACCGAGUUCCCCCGGAAAUGUGGGCAGGAACUGAUCAGUCCGGCCACAGAGGCGCACUUUUGGAACAUGUCCUUGUAGAUCUAUGCUUUGUCCAAGAUAGCGUAAUAGUGUUUGCCAAUCAAGACUCGGGCAUUUCCCAUAUUUAAUUAAUCGUUUCAAACAAUUGCUAUCAUGCAUUUCGUUCCGCUCCCUCGCUCCAGCCAUUGAAAGUGCGGCAAAUCGGGUAAAAAUGGACAAUUUAAGACUGGUUUCCACCGCGUUGUUCAGUUUGAUUCGGAUUCGUCUCACUACACUUUAGAACAGAAAAUCAAUUACGGGGAGUGUUGUACAGAUGACAUGAGCUGUGUUAGCUCGGGGAACAGCUUGAGAACACGGGCCGAGCGGCCGCACUGUAAACAACGACGGAGGACAACCGGAAUUUGUUUCUUCUUGACGCAUGGAUCGGUUGGGGUUGUUUACAUAUCCUAAGAACUUUUACUGUACCGUAAGAGCUUGGCGGUAUGCGGAAACUAUAUCAUAACAUAAAAAAGCGAAAUCGCUGACAUUUUUCAUUGCUUUCCAAAGAGCAAAUUUAGUUGCAUUUUUGCCGACUUGUAAUGUGUUUAUUAGUCUGUCGUAAACAUUAUUUGCGCCACUUCAAUCACGUUGCUAACUGCCAGUGUGGGUGAGCAAAACAAUUCAUCUGUGAAAAGUUCAUUUUUUUGACUUUUCUUUGCCCGUUUCUCCUCUAUCAUUUUGUAUCUAGAUGGUACAUCAAAGAGGAUCGUAGAAUUUUUGAAGCUGGCCUUCCACCAAAUGUUACAGUUGAGUUUACACGCACUACGUCAGACUACGAUUUGGAAUCGUAAAUCCGAUUUGAGGCGUGUAGGUGGGGUGGCCUUCCACAAAGAAAAGACUUGUUCUUUCGUAGUACCAUGAACCAUUUAAACGUACAGUAGCUACUGUAAAAUGAUAGUAUAGAGUACAAAAGCGAAAUAACUACUAUAGUUUUCAUUGCUUUCCAAAGAGCAUAUUUAAUUCUUCCACCUGCAACUUGACAAGUCUGGUGUGUCAUACUGUCCUCAUUGGUCCGUUGUACAUAUGGAACAUUCCCCAAUGACAAUAUGGUUUAUUUGUUCGACAACACAAGUAAUGUUUGUGAUUAUUUCCUUCUUUUUCCAGUGAUAAUUUGUCCAUGCUAAACCACACAGGAUUGUUUAUUUUAAAAACACUCGGUUAGCUUUUCAUUCAUAAAUUACGGUUAAGUUGCUGAUUAGCCAUUGCCGUUUCCUCCCUUCAUUCGCACCGACAGGGGGUAGCGUAAAUUCAUCCAACUGGUUUGUAAAAACAAGAAAUAACACCUGGCAAGAACAAAACAAUUCCAGGCAGCCCUUCUGCUUGGCACCCUUGAUUCUGAGAACGUUGCACAUUUUUUUGUUGUGCCGGUUGCGCUGAAAAUUCACAAGCAUUUCAAACAGGUACUAGACAUUAUUUAUUGUAUCUGAUCUACUACUGCUGCUUUUUGUACUUUACGCUUUGAACGAACUUACCUGUCUGUCUUUCUCAUCUGCUGUAUUUUAUUUUAUUUUUUUAUGCCAGUUAAGGGUUAAAGCACUACUAAAAAAAAAAAAAAAAAAACAUUAUUGAUGGUAAGAAGGGUUUUCUUUUUUUUUUUUUUUAAAGGAUCACGGGAGGACAUUGCGUCCAUGUACAGGAUGAUUAUUGUCCCCCUGAAAAAAAAAAAAAAAAAACACACACACACUGGCUCUUCGGUUGCUCUUAUGGAAAUGUUUAUGGAAAUCUGCGUGAAAUGAACGUGUGCUGGAGCCUAAGAGAAAAAAAAAAACUAAAAUGGGGGGUAAGAGUGUGGGGAACAACAACAAUGCUUAAAGUUUAACACCGCCCUAGAGAAUCAUUAGUUAUUGUUUAAAGUGGAAUUUAACCACAUCUUUACUGUAAACGCUUCCAAAAGCGGCCCUGUAAUUGGCCUCCCGAGUUUCCUUCCCAGUUGCAAAUCAGAGAAAAUGGCCACGUGACACCCCCCCCGUGUCCAUGUUGUACAGGUCAAACGGGAGCAGCAGUCUGCGGGACUUUGUAAUUAAAGAUCAUUCUCAAAUCGUUUUCUACCUCACUUUUUUUUUUUUCCGCUUUUUGUGCCUAAUAACGUGGCCGUGGCUGAACGGCUUUAUACUCUGAUGUCGAAAAAUGUCCUUUGAAAUGUUUGUAAAGUUUCUAUUGAGCCUGGUAAUGUAUUUCCUGGUAAAAAAAAAAAAAA